UUACUAGGACACAGGGUAGAAGUGUAUAUAGAUUUUGGAUUUAUUUGGAUUCGGCGCACGACUAGGCUAUUAGACAGAUCCAGAAGCUGGGCCCGAACAUAUUUAGGCACUAUUAAGCUCUUCCCAAACGACAGCCAAAAAGCAAUUAUGAAUUACGUGUUUUUAAUCGCAGACAGACAGCGAAGUAAACAUUAAAUAUUCAAAGCCCCCAUCGAAAAAUAUGAAAAAUUAACCACACAAUCCCAAUCGAUGGCCAGUCAGUCGUUCGACAGGCUUCAACCCCAACGGUUCACAUCCAACAGUUAACUCAAAGGACUCUCAAAAAAAAAUAUUUACUUUUCAAAACUUUUGAAUUUGAAUUUUUGAAAGUGAUUCCCCCAAGUCGAUAGACUUGCCGAUUACACUGUCGCAUCCAACAAUCGAUAACCAAUCGCAUCCAUGAGCGGAGCGGGCGGGAAGAAGACAUCGACGGUCACCGCAGAGCAGACGGCGAACGGAGGCGGCACAGCGGCGGACUCCCAGCGGCUGAAGAGCAAUCUGGGGGAACUGCUCACCUGGUUCCAGGCCAACGACAAGCUUCCCCAGGAAAUAGAACCCCUCUUGCUGAGACGUUUCUACCAAUGCAUGUACGGCGAUGUGGAGGAAACCAAGAAGCUCAUUGAAGUCAACUAUGCGCUGCGUAACAAACAUCCCCAUCUGUUUAUCCAAAGGGAUCCCCAGGACGAUGACAGCCGACGGACCUUCGAAUAUGCGGAUAUUCUGCCUCUGCCUGGGCUGACCCCAGAGAAGUACAAGGUGUCCCUGUACUGUUUUAGGGACUUUGAUCCUUACAAGAUGCACCACACGGAGGAUACGCGGGCCUUUUUCAUGGUCACCGACUGUCGCUUUGUGACUCCGGAUGACCCGAAUGAUCCAGAUGUCCUAUCCGAGGGUGAGGUGCAGAUCUUCGACAUGAAGGGCACCACCAUGCGACACAUCUCACGUCUGACCAUCAGCACCUUGAGGGCCUACAUCAAGUUUCUGCAACUGGCCUUCCCAGUGCGUCUCCGGGCCAUCCAUAUGGUGAAUUGUCCCACCUAUCUGGACCGGAUCGUCAGUGUGGUGAAGCCUUUCAUAAGCGACGAGGUUUUUAAACUGAUCCGUUUCCACACCGUUAGCAUGGAUUCCCUGUAUGAGUUCGUUCCCCGCCAGAUGCUGCCGGAGGAGUACGGCGGAGGGGCAGGUUCACUGGCUGACCUGCGAACCCAAACCCAGAAGACCUUGUUGGAUCACCGUGAUUAUCUGAUGAAUCCCAAACAUUGGCUGGUGGAGAAGACCGAGAAGCGUAACGGCGGCUCGUGGAGAUUUUUCAAAUAAUUGAGAUAA